UAUAGCUUCCCGGGUGUAAACUAAAGGACUGGCUCCUGUCGACGGUAGUCCCGCAGCGGUUUAACAGCUUUAAAACAACCUUGUGGUUCCGUCCACAUGUCGCACACCGUCAUCACGACCACAGCGAGCAGCCGGUCCUCCGGUGACGGAGUCCUGAACGCGGGCUACGCCCGAACCAUCCCGGGACUUCUGAAGAUAGGACAGCUGCUCGCCCUGUUCAUCUCCUUCAUGUGUGUCAGCUGUGCUAAGGGGUGGCCCAGCUGGGCGGUGUUCCAGUACUUCGCGGUGGUGGCGUUGUGGUUUUCCAUCGCUUUCUUCAUCUUCUUCCUCAUGCAUCUGUUCAGGCUGCAGGGCAAGAUGCCAUGCAUCAACUGGCCGCUGACGGAGUUCUUUCACUACUCUGUGGGAGCCGUCCUCAUCUUCAUCGCCUCCAUCGCUGGAGCUGUGAAAUGUGGAGGAGCUUCAGCGCUGGUGGUGGCGUCGGUCUUUGGUUUCAUUGCGACGUUCCUGAUGGUCAUUAACUUGUGGACGUCUUAUAGCGUUGCCUGCGGCCCUCAGUCUGGGGCGUUGGAGUAAAACAGAGCGACUCAUCACGAAUAACCCGAUGGCUGAGUUGGCGGUUUUCUGUCCUGGUCAAUUUUCUGCCUGGUAACUAUCCGUAUCAUCAACCUGAUUGGACUUUAGCUCAAACUGCAGAGGUUCUGAUCCAGGAGCAAACUGCCUGUAACGUAAAAAUCUCAGACCAUCCUGGUGACAAGCUGAACGGUCAGUGAUUGAUUAGUUCUGACUGAAUCCUGAUGCUCUGUGUCUCGCUUUAUUCAGUCGCAUGAUGGAAGGACGCCACGGUUAUGCCACCCUCACUGCUGCUUUUAAGCACAACUUGAUUUUCUUCUUUGCUUUAGAGACCCCAGAGAAGGUUGGGAUUGUGCCAAAAACAGGUUUUUAACUUCCUGCAGGUCAGAACGAAUCUUCCGGGUCUCGUCUUCACCACGUUAGAGCUCAUCUGCUUCAUUUCUUUAGUUUUUGUCAAAAAUGAUUUUUCACUUAAAGCAGUUUGGAUCACAAGCAGAAUGAUUAGGGAAUCAAAUUAAAUCCUGAAUAUGCAGAAGAACAGCCCUCGUAGCUCGCUAAGCUAAUCCGCACUCACGCUGCUAGUUUUCCUGGCAUGCUAACAAACCCUACCAAAAUAAACGUCUUCAGAAAAGGAUUCACAAUCAGAUGUUGGCAAAAAAAAAAAUCACUCAGGGGCUAAAAACAUGUAAUCUAAAAAUAUUAUUAAUAAUAAAAAUAAAUGUUAGCUGUAACAGAUGCUAACAAACAGAAAUUCAUUUCUUUUUUUAGAAUUUUUAAAGAAAGUUUCAGUUUUUGAAGGUGAGUUUAGUUUUAUUUCAGUGUUUUUUUUAUUCCCUUUUUCAUUCAAUUCAACCAAGUUUUUCUACCUGAUUAUUGGCGGUGCUUUUAACUAAAACGGGUUUUAAUGAAAUUCAUAUCAUUUUGUUUAAAAGCACAACAGAAUUUGUUUUAAACCAAGUGCAGAAACCAACCGAAGGCAGAAGGAUUCAGAAAGCUUCAGCUGUGGAAUCAGCCUGCACAGAUUCAUGAACAUGCUUAAUUAUUCAGUCACUCAAGGUGAAAUAAAUGCAUGAAGUUAGAUACCCCCCCGUGUCCUGUCUGGUUGUGAAGCAAACAGAAUUGAUGUCUGAAUGCUGGUAACAAGCCUUACAGUUUUAGUCUCAGGUGGAGCAUCAAAGCGUCUGCUUUUAUUGUCACACCUGAUACUUAAAACUUUAUUGUUAUUGUUUUUGAAUGAUAUUUAAUUCUGACCAGACACUGAGUCAGAGGUGAAAGAGAAAGGAAGAGACAGGGGGGGGGGGGGUCCACAAAAAUAAACAAUAAUGAACAAGAGCCUGCUUCUAGACCUGCAGAAAGAGAGAAGAAAAAAAUGGGACACAACAACAAUACAACAAGAUCCAGCUAUCACUGCAUCAACUUGAUGAAGGAAUGUAAAAUCAACAUUGUUUAACUGAACAAUCACACGAUAAUAAAUCACAGUGCAUUUAGUGGCAAUGACAGCCUUAAGAUAUGUGUUGAACGUGCCCAAGUCCAUACUUAUGAGAGCACCAUGUGAGCACCCGUGUGUGUACAUGUGCUUAUUUAUGUAAGGUUUCUCUAUAGGAGCAUCCAAUAGAGAGUGAGGGGCCACAGAUCUGCCCCCUAAAAAUGUGCAGGAGAUGGAGGGAUCCAGGUCCCAGAGAUUCAGGAGCUGCCCCAGAGCACAGGAACCCCAGGGAUAGAGCCCUGCACGGGCCUAAAAUCUGAGCCCGUGUCCGGCCCGGCCCGAGGGGGUGGAGCCCCAGCCCGACCCGGUCCGAGAAGGUUUUCAGGAUUCUCUGGCCCGACCCGAGCCCGACUUUUUUUUAAACCUUUCAUAAUGUUUUAGCGUGAUAGAAUGCUCCGCAUUCUAAUUAUCUGUGGGAAGCGUUCUGCAGUUAAAAAAAAUUAAAAGAAAAGAAAAGAAAGAAAAACAGCAUUCAUGCAGCUUUUUUUUCUAACAGAGCGUAUUUUUCGCCAAGGCACCGCACUCCACACCAGGUGUGGCAAGGGGGAGGGGAGACGAAGAUUGUUUGUAUUUAAAAUACACAAAAUAAAAAAAAUAAUGCUAAACUAAUGCAGGAAUAUAAAAGCACAUAAAUAAAAUAUACUAACUAAACUAGAAAAUGAAUAUAUAAAGCUUUUAAACAAACAUGCACCUCAGAGUAAAAACUUAAGAAAUAAUAUAAUUGUUAAAAAAUAAAGCAUGAAUUUCACAGCUGAAUCAAAAUGCAGAUUAACUGAGGCAAAAUGAAUAAAAAUCUGAAGCGAAAUAAAUAAAUAAAAGCAUGAUUUUUUAUUUAGGAGAUCUUUUUUAUUUUUUAAGUACAAAAAAAUGAUCUCUGCUAAGUUGAUCUUCACGUUUACGGGACAUCCGACUUCUCUCACUAAUCUGUGUUCUUGUUUAGUGACUGAAUCUGUGUAUGCUGAUACCCCCACCAAGACACGCACACACAUUCUCACACACACACACACACACACACACACACACACACACACACACACACACACACACACACACACACACACACACACACACACACACACACACACACACACACACACACACACACACACACACACAUGCACUCCCUGCUAUGUUCUAUUGUUUUACUUCUUCAGACAUUUGAACUAAAGUUUUUAUUUUGUUUUCUUUUGUUUAACCUUUUGUCUCAGAUUUGUUAUUUUAAACCAAUAAAUAGAAAAUAAAAUUAAAAUGAAGUUGAAAUUUCUUAUAAAAUUUAAACAGAAAUGUUUGAUGCACAAACUUCUUCACAAAUUCUUUUACUGCCUGUUAAAGAACUUGUUUUGUACAGAAAGGAAUAUUUGGGGAAAAAAUCAACUACAUUAAAUAAGAUUCGUUACUGUGAUUAGUUUCCAUCAGCAGAAAUUUGAUAAUUUAGUUCAUCUCAGACUAAAAUGAGCUCCAGCAGGUUAAUAAGUAUCAGAUAAAGUCAAUCUGAAGGCAGAUAUAUUUCAUAAAAAAAAGUCCCAUUAAAAAAACUGAGAUAAAUGUAUUUAUGAAAUUAUUUUACAGUUUUAACACAGAAAAUAAAUCAGAUAUGUUAUUUAUGUCUAAAAUUUGUUUAAAGAAAAUAAAGUAUUCUUCAUAUUUUAUGCUUUUAUAUUAAAGGUUGAUUAUGGAACAAUUUAAUAAAAAUUUAUAUUUUUUCUAAAUAAAACCUCCACAGGCAUUUAGAGAUGUGCAGAAUUACAUUUUUAUUUUGACAGCACAACACUGGAUUUAUGUUUACAUCUACCAGCCAAUGGGUAGCCUAAAGCCCUUUUCAGACUGACAUUCUGGAACAUUUGUGGACAAUUCAAUCCGGUUUUUAACCGGAACUGUGUUUUCAGACACACCACUUUUGUACCGGAACUUGUCCUUUCGGCUGCGUUCACACAGCAGGGAAAAGUUCCAGAUGUCUGCCGGCGGCGG